GACAUAUUUCUUUAUUGAGAAUAUUGAAGUCAUAUUGCAUUUUAUCUUUAAUUGAACUUUUUUCUGUUAUUUUUAUGGCAGCUAACAGAGCUCGGAGAAAAUGCAGCCUUUCUCCUCAGCUUCUCAGUGUAUUCCAUGGCUUGUGGUCCUCAUCGUCGAAUGUCUGGCCAUUCUCAUCUUUAAUAUCAUCACCAUUGCUGUUUUUGUGAAGAAGAAGCGGCAGCUACAGCGGCGGAGUACAUAUUUGAUCAUCCAUCUGGCGAUAGUCGAUCUCUUGGUGGGCGCAGUCUCUGUGCCGCUACAGAUUGAAAACAGAAUGUCGAAAGACUGUCCUCAAUGGGAGUACAGACGAGAGACUACUUGGUCUCGUCAUAUAUCUUUUGCAUUUGCACAUUUAUUCUCGUUCACUUCCCUUACAAAUCUCAUCGCUAUCUCUUUAGAACGGCUACACGCAACAUUUUGUCCAUUCAGGCAUCGCUUUGUGAGGAAAUGGGUUUAUAGAGCCAUAAUUAUUGUCAUUUGGUUAAUAGCUAUUGUUAGAGAAGUCGCCCAAAUUUUCCUAUGGGAAAUUGGUUAUUUAGAGGUAAUUAAUGCUUACUUGUAUCUCCCAUUUUAUGCAGUUUCUCUAUUUGUUAUCUGUGUAUCUUACAUCCUCAUUAUUAUCAAAGUACGAUGUAGUCGUCAUCCUAAAUUCCAUUCUAGAUCCAGAAGAGAAAGAAAACUGACGAGUACUGCGCUUAUCGUCUCACUUGUGUCGUUACUUUGUUUUCUACCAGCGAUAAUAUAUUUAGCAUAUCUUGGCUUUUCCUUCACUUAUUUCAUGAAUGUUCAUAUUAAUAUGGCUGUGCUAGUUCUAUUCUUAGCUAACUCACUUGUAAAUCCUAUAUUUUACGCUGUUUGGAUGCCAGGAUUCAGAGAAGGUUUAUUACAA